UUGACGGGGUAUCUAGUAGAGUUUGUAUAGGUAACCGUCCUAGUUCACAAUGGCCUAAAACUGAAGGAUCCUUUAUCCCCAAUGCAUUUCAAUUUUGCUUUGGAACAUUCCAUCAGGAAGGUCAGAGGGAAUCAGGAAGAAUGCAAAUUGAAUGGUCUGCACCAGUUAUUUGAACAGUCAUGGAAGAAAUAAUGAAAGACAGUCGCUUCUCCCACAUAGCCCAGGACCCACGUUUUAAAAGAAUUCCAAAACGAGAGAAGAAAAUAAAAAUUGACAAACGUUUUCAGUCUAUGUUCAAGGAUAAAAGUUUUAAAGUGAAUUAUACAGUUGAUAAAAGAGGUCGUCCAAUAUCUCAUACAUCGAGUGAAGAUCUAAAGAGGUACUAUGCUCUUUCAUCUGAUGAAGAUUUAGAAACUGAAUGCAACAAGAAUGAUGAAACUAACAAAGAGUAUACUCAGAUUUCUUCAGUUAAAGUCAAACUUGUUGAAACUGGAAAAGAUGGUUCAACUUCAAAUAACAUAAAUAAAAUUAAAGAUAAUGUUAUGAAAGAUAAAUUAAAGAUUAAGGAACACAAUGUGUGUUUUGAAGGACAAAAUAGUAAUUUACUGAAAAGAAAAAUUGAUCAACACAAGUUGGAAUGUGGUGUAGAAUUGAACACUGAUAAUGAAGUUCCAAGUGAUGAAGAUAAUAAAAAUAAAGAAAAGGAAAUUGUGGCAGACAGUAUAAAGAAAAAGUUGAGAGAUCUUACAGUAGAUUAUGCUCGUGGUGAAGGAGUACUUUUCUGUGACAGUUCAUCAGAUGAGGAAAGCUCAGAAACAGGUUCUGAAAGUGAAGAAUUAGACCAUGGGUGGGGAGAGCUAGAUCAUGAUGCUGAUCAAACAGAUGUGACAACAAAUCGAUUAGCAGUAUGUCACAUGGACUGGGACAGAAUCAGGGCUAGUGAUCUGAUGGUUCUCUUCUCCUCCUUCGUGCCACAAGGAGGACUUAUUCAUUCUGUAACAAUCUAUCCAUCAGAAUUUGGGCUGAAAAGAAUGAAGGAGGAGGAAAUUAAAGGACCACUUGAGCUAGUGGGUAAUGGAAACUCUGUGCAAGAUGAAAAAGAGAUAGAGGAUGGUGAAGAGAAUGAAGAAGGUAGCAAAUACCAUAUGGAGAAACUGCGGCAGUAUCAACUUAAUCGUCUAAAGUACUACUAUGCUGUAUUGGUGUGUGAUUCUGCAGUAACAGCAAAUAAGAUCUAUACUGAGUGUGAUGGCUUGGAAUAUGAAAGUAGUGCAACACGCCUUGACUUGCGGUUUGUUCCUGACAGCACAAAAUUUGAGGAGAAGCCGCACGAGAUUUGCGAUAGGCUUCCUGAUCUUUCAAAGUACCAGCCUCGAUACUUUACAACUACUGCAUUACAGCAAGCCAAAGUGGAGCUGACAUGGGAUGAGACAAAUCCUGAGAGAAAUGAAAUCAACCAGAAACUUAUGUCUGGCCAGGUUGAUGGUAUAACUGAAACAGAUUUGCGGGAUUACUUGGCAUCUUCUAGUGAAGAAGAGAGUGAUGUUGUUGUUAAUGAAGAACUAGAAGUAACAAAUGAAGUUACGGCUGACCCAGUUUCAAAAUAUCGAGCUUUGCUGAAAGGAAUUGAACAGGAGGAGGAGAAGAAGAAGUUUCAUGAUGUGGAAAUGGAAAUUUCUUGGGGAGUUGGUCUGAAGGAUAAGACAGAGGAGCUGGUUCAGAAGAAGUUGAAUGAAAGAAAAAAUGAUUUAACACCAUUCGAACAAUAUCUGAAGAAAAGAAAGGAUAAGAAAAAGCAGAAAAAGGAAGAAAAGAUAAAGAAUAUCCAACAGGCGAACGAAACUUCAGGUAAUGAAUACAGUGAUGAUGAUAUUCCAUCUGACAUUGAUAUGAAUGAUCAGUAUUUCAAGGAAGAGUUCCAAGGAGAAUUUAAAAAGAAGCACAGCAAAGAGAAAACAAAUAAACUAUCUCUUUCAGAAGAUGAAGGAACAAAACAUAAAAAGGCUGAAUUAGAAUUGCUUCUGUUGAAUGAGGGUAGUGAAAAGAAACAUUUCAGUCUCAAGUCCAUUCAGGAGCAAGAAGUAGAAGGCAAGAAGAGGCAUAAGAAAAAAGGAAAGAAGAAAUUAAUUAAAGAGGAAAGCAAACAAGAUGAUUUUGAGGUCAAUGUGCAAGAUGAAAGGUUUUCUGCACUUUUCUCUUCUCAUCUUUACAACAUAGACCCCACAGACUCUCAUUACCAUAAAACCAAGGGAAUGGAAGCUUUCAGGUCUGAGAAACUGCACCGUAGACAAAGUGAUGUGAAUGACAAUCCUGAUGUGUUAUCAGCUAAAAUCCAGAAGAUGGACACAGUUUGUGGUAAGAAUCCUGAAUUAUCAUUGCUUGUUGAAACAGUUAAAAGAAAAACACGUUUGCACAAAGGAGCAAGGUGAUAGCUAUAAGAAAAAUUGUUUUUAUUGCAAACAAAACAUUUAUUUCCAGCCACUAAAUUAUUGACAGAAUAAAUUUUCAAUUUCUGAAAAAUAUAUAUAUAUGUGUGUGUAUAUAUAUAUAUAAUGUAAAUUGUUGGCUGUAAAUAAGUGACUUAACAGAAUUACAUUUCUAUGUGAAAUGAUAAUUAAAUAAGUUUUUAUUAAAAGACUAAACACCCUUCAAAGGAGCAACCAUACCAUUUAUCCAAUUCUGCCAACAAUCUGGGCCCCUAAAUCCUUUUCUGGAUCUUUAUCAGGAAUUUCUGAUAUAUAUCAUAACAGACUAGUGAAAGGGCUGCUGUUAUAUUUGUUUCAAAACUGCAUAGCGGGAAGAAACGACUGUUUUUCUGCUUACAUAAAAUUUAUAUAAUAAGAAUGUGUGGAGCUGUACCUCCACUCCCACAUAAAUCUGCAUGAUGUGGUGCAUAGUGAAGCACCAGGGACAAUUUUAUGUUUACUUUAUUGCCUCAUAUUUCAACCAAACUUUGUAUGAAAUCUAAGCUACAAUAAUUUGUGCAGUACAAUCAGGGUUAUCAACCCACAGGCUGCAUGGGGACCAAGAUAUAUUUUAUAUUGGUCUGCAUACCCUUGUUGCAACAAUUGUGUCACUCUGUAUAAUUAAAAAUAGUUAAUAUCAGAAAACACAUUUUAUUAAUAUUGUUGGAAUUUGACAGACACUUCACUGUGAGCAGCUUGAUGAAAAACAUCAAACUAGGAUAUGUAUCACUGAUGAACAGACAAGUAGAUGCAUGCAAAUCUCCCAAAAUAAACUUGAUACUGAAAGAUUACUCAGGUAAAACCAGUGACAGAUGUCACUAAUGAUUGAUUCUGUUAAAUAAAAUAAAAAGUAUUAAGCAGUAUAUGACCCUGCUUCUAAUAUUUAGUAGAAUUUUUAAUGAAUUACCAUGAAGCUUCAAUGAAUUGUUCUCAUUUAUGUCAUAGUCUGAAAUUAAUUGAGGAAGGGUGAAUGUGACCCUAGGACUAGAAAGGGUUGAGAAUACUAAGUUUAUAACUCUACAACUCUGAAAUGUUAAAAUUAAGUCCCUUGGUAAUAUAUCUGUGUAGACCACUGUUCAGUGUAACUUUGUAUGUUAAUCCACAGAGUAUGGAAUUGGUGGAUGUCUUAGGGAUAAGAAAAGAAUACAGAAAUACUGCAAAACUUUGUUAAUCCAGAACUAAAGGACCAAAAUUAAUAGACUUAAGACUAAAAAAUUUGAAUUAGGACUGAUAUUUGGAUUAUUGGACACACAACCAUCUCAGGAUGUAUAUGACCUAAUAGUAAAGAAAUUUGCAAUGUCAUGUAGUUGUUACUGGGGAAAAUGUAUCUUCAAACUGUAACAUUUACUAUCAUAUUAUUGGCAUAAAGUACAGCAUAAUGUUUCUUGUUGCUAAACAGUGGUUGACCACAUAUUGGGUAUACAUUACAGUAACUCAUUUUAAUGAAGUGGACUGAUUCUCUGAAAGUUAUGAGUUAAAACUUGUUAAGGAUGAAUUUUAAUAUGGGUACUAGAUAUAGAAAGUAAUGCAUAUAUAAAUAACAUUAAGGGAUAGUAAAUAUAUAGCACAUAUAUACCUAUUUCAUGAAUAGUAAUUCACUGAAAAUGAAGAGUAUUAGUUAAAACAUAUGGUACAAAGGAUUAAGAAGCAGUGCUGUUGAACAUGGGCAAGGAGUCAUUCACAGAAUUCGAUACAGGUUCCAAGGCAGCCGACAGGAACUGGCUUGAAGUGCUUUCAUUGUAGCAGAUAUUCAUUAUUAAUUUGAAGAUUCAUAAAAUGAGUUAGUGUACUCAAACUGUAACAUUUUGAUUGUAAUUUUUAAAACAUUGAUGACACACAUUCCUUCAGUCCACAUUCAGAAUGUGAUUAGUGGUAUUUUCCGAGUAUAAAUGUGCUUAAUCGCA